AUGAGUGGAAGAACGGCACAAGUUACACGUAUUACUAAUGAAACGAAGAUACAAGUUUCAUUGUCAUUAGAUGGUGGUCACAUAGAUAGAAUUCAACCGGCUUUACUCUCAGAUAAACAAUUACAAAAGGAUGCAGAUGCAGCUACACAAAAUACAUCAUCACAAGUUAUCGAUGUUCAUACUGGUAUUGGCUUUUUAGAUCAUAUGAUUCAUGCUUUAGCUAAACAUGCCGGUUGGUCUUUAAUCAUUGAAUGUAUUGGAGAUUUACAUAUUGAUGAUCAUCAUACUACUGAAGAUUGUGGCCUUGCCUUGGGACAAGCUUUUAAAGAAGCAUUAGGUGCUGUGCGUGGUAUUCGUAGGUUUGGUAAUGGGUUUGCUCCAUUGGAUGAAGCAUUAUCAAGAGCCGUGAUAGAUAUAUCUAAUAGACCGUUUGCUGUAAUUGAAUUAGGCUUAAAAAGAGAAAAAAUCGGUGAUCUUUCAUGUGAAAUGAUUCCACAUUUCUUAGAAAGUUUUGCUGAUGCAGCUAGAGUUACUAUGCAUGUGGAUUGUUUAAGAGGCUUUAACGACCAUCAUAGAAGUGAAAGUGCAUUCAAAGCAUUGGCCGUAGCCAUCAAAGAAGCCAUUUCAUCUAAUGGUACUAACGACAUUCCAUCAACUAAAGGUGUAUUAAUGUAA